UGCGGAUAUUGAAUAUCGGUAUUUGACGGAAAUAUUUAUGUGCAAUGUUUAUGAUAUCGUAAACGUUUCCCGCCUCAAAGCAAAGUUGAAUUUUACCAUAUUUCAGAAAAUGGAUACAUUAUACACCGAAAAUGAAACUGUUGACAAAGAGCCGAUUUGCCUAUUUUUCAACGAAGCACAACUGAUUUGGAGUGAUGAAGGUGUGAUGACUGACCAUUCCCAAGGCAAAGUAUCUUGCUAUUCUGACCAUAUUACCAGUUUCAGCGUAAUGAUGAAGGUUACUAAGGCUGAAGACAACAAAACUUUGAGUCUGAUGUCCAAAGUGUGCGUUUCUAUGUCACUCAUCGCUUUGAUUGUUUCUCUCAUCAUUUACUGCAUAUUUCCGGAACUAUGGAAAUCACUCCGCAUUUCAAUCCACAAAAACUUGGUCGUUAACAUGAUUUUGAUGCAAUCACUCUUUAUUUUUGGGAUCGACAAGACAGGCCACAAGAUCGUGUGUGCAGCUGUUAGCGUUCUUCUUCACUUUACUGCGCUGAAUACGUUCACCUGGAUGUUUGGUGAGGCGGUAUACUUGCUUUUUAAGGUUUCCACAUCAGCCCCCAGCCAACACAACCGACUUCGAAAUUACAUGGCUGUGUGCUAUGGUAUUCCCCUAAUCAUCGUUGUCAUCUCUUCGGCUGGAUUUACAUCCGGAUACACACACGGGAACAAUUGUUGGCUCAAUCCAGAAAGAGGAAUGAUAUGGGCAUUCGUAGCACCAGCAAUCUGCAUUGCUAUGGUUAACACUGGAAUAAUGUGCAUUGUUUUGAGAAUAAUCUACAAACGAGCCGGUAAUAUGGUUGGUAAACCAGCCGCAGCGAGGAACAAAUUUAAACAAUUGAGAAAAACUACUCGUGGUACAUUUAUGCUGCUACCGCUCAUGGGCUGCACGUGGCUCAUCGGGCCGUUUACUGUCAAUUCGGAUACUGUAUUCCUUGAUUACGCCUUCAAUGUUUUGAACGGAUGUCAAGGGAUCUUCAUAUUCGUGAUUUACUGCCUCUUUGAUAAUGAGACAAAUGAGUGUCUUAAAAAACGAUGGAAGAAAAAUGAAGUAGGCCUAACAUCUCGUACGGUGGAAAUGACGCAAAACAUGUGAAUGCAUGUGUAGCUUUUUUGGAUAAGUGUUCAGUAUACUGAACAUAAUUAUAGUAGUUAAAGUAAAAUGCACUAUAUUUUUAGAUGAUAAUACUGUGUUCAAACAAACUUGUAUGUGGUAAAUCUAAAUGCCAAAAGCACAUUUUAUAUAGGCCUAAAUGUGUCGCAUUCGAGAUCCACCUUAUUGAAAAUAACAUAGAAGAGGGUGUAUCUGAUCGUUUAAUUCAUACGGCAAUGGUGCUGUAUUGGUAAUAUUGGAAGUAAAAUACCUUAUGUGUUUUUGAAUGAAAUGGAUGAUUGCGUAUUAGCUUAUAAUGCCAAACACAUAAUGUUUUUGUUUCUAAACACAAUGAAAAGCACUUCAUAAAAUAUGUGAACUUGUAACUUAAAUAGCUUUUCCUCAUGCCGCUAAACGUAACAAUUGUAUAUUAUAUAACACAAUAACACACACACACACACACAUAUUUAUAUAUAUGAUAUUGAAGGAAGUUAGCCGUUAACACUGUUGAAUGAAUAUAAUAUAAAUCA